AUGGCACGCAUCACCUACUCGCGCCGCAAUGGCUCAGCAUCGACCUCGAAGCUGCGGCUGCUCUGGUCCGUCCUGGUGCUGUCCUGCUCGUUUAUCGCGUUCAGCUCAGCGCAGACUGUCACCGAGGUCGUGACCAUCAGCACUGGCUCAGCUUCCCUCAAUGCGCCAACGAGAACCCCCGCCCCAGCCGGGAGCGCCUCCGCCAGCAGAACCACGCCCCAGGUCACCAGCACGCAGAUCCCUGAUGUUCAACUCUCCGGUGCCCAGGUCCCUUUUCUAAUCCAAAAGCCUAUCCCGUCUCGCUACGAUGAGCUCUCCAAAAAGGUCAAUUCGCGCAUGAAGGACGUCUACUUCACAGGAUGUCCUACAGACCAGGUCAACUACGUCGAUCCCAGCCUGCGUAUCAACAUUUCUGCCGUCUAUACCCAGUUCGACACCGAUCUCGGCAGCAAUCGCCACUUGGCGGAUCAGGACUCGUACAGCUCCGGCGUGCUCCGUAUCGUUGCAGUUGGCGCAACCGACACCGUGGGCAGAACAGUCAACACCAACGUCACCCCUCAGCUCCUCAGCACCCUCUCGGUAGAGACCCAGUUCCUUACCUUCUCGCUCUUUCGCAACGACUCGUAUCUUUGCGAUAGCCUCUACCCCGUCGUCCCAGAUCCCAAUGGCACCGUCGUCAACAACGUCGUCAUUCAGCCAGGCGGAUGUCUCUACGGUCCUGGUCAGGUCUCGCUCGGCGUCGGCAUCCCACUCAAUGAUACCUACAACCUCGGAACUCUCUGGACCCGCAUCCGUCUCAGCGACACUUCCAGUCCGCCCCUCGACAUUGCUUGCAUCGAAGUGUAUGCCAACCCUUAUGACGAUGCAAAGUGGUACUGGGAGCUCAUCUUCUGGUUCCCCGUCGCUUUGACCAUUGGCUACUUUGUCGUCAUCGCUCUUGCCCGCGUCUUCUGCGCCUUCACAGCUCGUGCACGUGCGUUCAAGAACAAGGCGAGAGAGGGCAGUCAGCCCAACGUCAUCAAGGACACCAUCGCACCCACUCUCGUUUCGGCUAUCUCGGGUCAGAAGCUUGCACUCAGCGCUGCACUCCUCCGCUUCGCCACGCCUGGAUGUUGGGACAUCAUUCAGCAUACCCAAUUCGUCGCUGCCAUCUCGAUGGUUGCUGUACGAUGGCCCGAAUUCUCUUAUGGCUUCUUCAAGCAGGCUGCCUGGUCAACCUUGACCGGCAACGUCACCAUCGUCCGCCCUGCAGACCUCGACAGCCAAUACAACUUGCUCAGGACCAAUGCGACUCUGCCGUCAGGAGACGUCGGCACACAGUUCUCGAAUCAGACUUCGCCGCUGUACAUGAACGCACAGGCUCCUAAUCGCUUCAUGAACCUCGACGGCGCACGCGCUGGCAUGGACGCCUACGCCCAUGCUAUCGGGCUUCGAACGCGCGACCUAUUCGGCACUUGUCUCAGCAUUUGGUUCCUCAUCGUCGCCGCCAUCGUCGCUCUUUCGCUCGUGGCCUGGAUUGUCGAUUCGUUCCACGACACCUUCCUGCGCUUGCAGAAGCGUCGCGAGGACGGAUACAGCUUGAACGUCGCCCGCACACCUGGUGCCGCCGAGACCAAAGAGAUGGCAGAGGCGGAUGACGAUCGUCCGCGUUCCUCACUCAGCCGUCGCGGAGGGUACCGCUUCCUGGGAACGGGCGGAAAGCGUCUGUUCGGGUCCAGCGACAACCUCUUCCAUCUUCGCAUGCUGCACGGCAACAUCUUGCGCGCCAUCACCCUUUAUCACCUGCCCAUCACCAUCUUUACCACUUUCCACAUGGCCAACGCCGACAUCUUUUCCGCCACUUCGGUCGCUCUCGCCGGUCUUGCGUUUGCCAUCCUCUCGGUCUUGGCUCCAGCCUACACAGUCUUUUGCAUCAGCCGUGCGCCUACAGCCAAGCUCUACGACUCGAUCGGCACGCUUUCCGCCUUUGGCCCGGUCUACAAUAACUACAGCCCAGGAUCGCAGCUGUUCUGCAUCGUCGACUUCGCACGCACGUUCGUCUUGGGUGUCGUCAUUGGCGCGGGUCAGAUGAACGGCAGUGCUCAAGCCAUCAUCAUCUUGGUCUUCGAGAUCAUGUUUGUGCUCGCCUGCAGUCUCUGGCUGCCAUGGGGAGAGGGCGCCAUGAUGGGUCCCGUCAGCUUUGUCUCCAACGUCCUGCGCAUCUUCACAGCGGUCUUGAUCCUGCUGCUCAGCCCUUUGGUCAACUUCGGCCGUGCACCCAACGGCUGGCUCACGUACGUCGUCCUUCUCCUCCAGGCGAUCCUCUACGUCUGCGCCGCCCUCAUCUUGGUGGUCAAGAUCGUCGAGGGCCUGGUGCGUCUAGCGUGGCGAGCCUCCUUCGACGAGCGUGCAUCGACGCGACUUUCAGGUCUGGGAGGCGCGCUUCGCAAGAUCAAGAAGAGGAAGGAGAGCAAGCUCCGUCUCAACAAGAAGGGUAACACAGCACUCAAGCGUCUCUCACGGACGCAACCGCCACUGGAUCGCUCGGCGUCGGUGAACACGCAGACCAUGAUGCUCGCGACGCUUGGCAAGGAGAGCUACUCGGGCGAAAACACACCAGCGAUGCCCUCGUCGCCACGCAAGCUCAGCAGCUCGAUGCCGUCCACCAUGUCGAUGAAUCGCAUGCCCAUGCACUCUCGUCAGGCGUCGUAUGCUUCGUAUCUGGACAGCCAGCUGCAGGGCCGCAAGUCGCCCGCGGACAUGCUGGCCGAUGGCAACAGUCCUUACUCGACCUAUCUUCGAGGCGAUCCACACGACGAAGGCUUCAUCAUGGCUGCACUACCACCCGCUCCUGGCAACGGCAGGCCAGUGUCACCAAGACCCGUGUCGCCGCCUCCGCAUUUGCAUCAAUGGGGUGGACGGCAGUCGCCCCCGCCUGCACAGCAGUCUGGAUUCGUGCGAAUGGGCGGCGGUCGCGCUUCCGAAAAUGCGCCGUACCAGGCGCUGCACGGUCACGGUCACGGUCACGGUCAACGUCCACUUGCCAGACCGCAGAGCAGCGGUAGCGUCGAGCGCAUGUCACCAACGCAUCAGUUCCAUUCGCUGCCGCCCCAACGCCGUCCGCGACCUUUGUCACAAAGCGCCAUGGUCGAGUCGUACUUUGACAAUCGUCGACCAUCUUUCGACCCGGACGCCGGCAUUGGGCUAUCGAGCACCGAAGCUGCCGCCCGCAACGCUACGAUACGUCGCUACUCGCAGGGCGCACAGCUGCGCGCUAGUCAAUCGAUUGCUGGUAUGAUGGCGGUCGACGAAGAAGGACAGCCGAUCCAGCCGGCCAGCAAGAAGCAGAAGGGCAAGUUCUGGAAACGAGGCGGCGCACGUAGCGAUUCGGACAGCGACGACGAUGAUGACGGAGGGUAUGGUGCAGAUGGCGCUGCAGCCUUCCGAUCGCGUGGUGGCUGGCGAGGACUUAACAAGAUGAGUGCCGCCAUGAACAGUGUAGCUGCGCGACUCGGAGGCGGCAAGUCGGGAGGAGGGAUCGCAGAGGAAGGAAACACGAGCCUGGAGCCUCCCGCCUCGGAAGCGGAUGUGUCUGGCACAAGGCAAGGUGGUGGAUUCGAGGUGGUGCGUCCGCAACGACCGAGGCGUAGUCUACCAGGCGUAGACAGGGCGAUGGACUCGACAGCGCUGGCAGCAGCGACGGCGAGCUCGAGGGCGGAUGGUGCUGGACAGGCGCAUCCGUCUCCCACGCCCACCGCCGUUCAGCGAUUGAGCAGCACGGAUGUGAUGCCAGCCAGGAGUGGCAGCCGUGCCGGUCUAUCCUCUGCUGCGGAUGCGUAUUCGAUGCCUGCCUACGGAUCGCACCAGCAGCAGCUGGACGAGUUUGACGCGUCCUCCGGCACACUUCCUCCCGGCGCUGGUCAGCAAGCGCUGCUCCUGCCGUAUCGGGCCCCGUCUCGGCCAACAUCGGCCAUCAUGUCCGCAAGCAACUCGAAGCCUCAAGUGAACGAGGACAGCUUCUGGGUCUCAUCGAGCUCGCGGCCGCAGUCGCAGGCCUCGCGGCCGAUCUCGUCGUCGUCGUCUCGCAUGAUGGCCGUCGCCCUCUCCUCAGGCGGUGAGACGCGCGACUCUCGCCAGCAGGUGUCGACCUCCUCGUCGCGUGGCAGGAUCGCCGAGCCGAUGCAGGCCGAAGUGGUCAAUGCCGAAGAAUCGUCGUCUUCGGCAGGAGGCACACCGCCUGUGGCCGCAGAGACGGCGACGGACCCGAUGACGUUCUACGAUGCUCAGGAGGAGGCGCCGAUAUUCGAUGCGGAUGGCAAGCUGAUCACGUCUGCGAUCAACUUUGAUCGGCCAGCGUCGAGCACUGCGGCGCCGAUGGCGAUGCAAAGGUCUGGCAGUGGUGCGCCGCAAGUGUGGGAUGCUGCUCAGGCGUAUAGAUGA